CCCGGCCCCACGGGACCCCUCGCUCCAAGCCGGGCUCCAGAGCCACAGAGAGGGAUGGGCGCAUGGCUGCCGAAAAAAAGGAGUUAGAAAUGUUGAAGAGAGCAGCACACUGUCUUCCAACCUCCCUACAAACUGCUCUGAAGACUCUGACUGAUGGAUGUGAGCUGCUGCAGAGAGGAAGAGCAGGGAAGCCUUUCUGCAGGAGUGGCUUCUAUUUAUAGAUCAACACAUGUGCUUCUGAACAGAGAGCUGCACACUUUACUUCCUACUCUGGUCCCAACUUAAACACAAAUCUGACAAAUCUGUGAUUCCUCCUUGACGGGCUGAUAAAGGUCUUAUCACAAAUUCUGCAACAGAGGCAGAACUUUGACCCGGUGAGGAGAAAACCACACUCACUUAGAUUCAUCUUACUACCUCCGACGACGACGACGACAACUGAACCAAUCAGAAGAGAGCUGAAGUCUCUUUGGCUUUACAGAGCUUAAAAAGAGGGCAAGAAAAGUUGAAUUGAAAGCUUCGUCACCAUGCAUCGGGCCUGGGCUGCGUUCAAGGCUCACCCUUACAUCAGUAACGUCCUGGGAUACACAACACUGUUUGCCUCCGCUGACCUCAUACAGCAGAGCAUGCUGGGUGGGAAACACACCACAGGAUCCACACCAGAGGAUACAGCUGGCAUCGACUGGCAUCAGACAGCUCGAGUGGCAACCGUCGGCUUCUGUUUCCAUGCCAACUUCAACUACCACUGGCUGAGAGGGCUGGAGAGGAUGCUGCCAGGAGGUGGGGUGAGGGCGGUGACGGGGAAGGUUGUGGUGGAUCAGCUGAUUGCAGCUCCUCUCACCAUCAGUGCCUUUUAUAUUGGUUUAAGUCUACUGGAAAACAGAGAGGAUCCACUAGAAGACUGGAGACAGAAAUUCUGGACUUCUUAUAAGGCUGGAGUAGUAUACUGGUCAAUAAUGCAGGCGGUAAACUUUGCUCUGGUCCCACCUGUGGCUCGGACGACAUUUCUGGGAGGCAUCGCUCUGACAUUCACCAUCUUCCUGUGUCACCUCAGAAAGCAGCCAAACCAAAAACUAGAAUAAACCCUGAGUUUUUUGCACGUUACAUGGAUUUAUACAGAAAUUCUUUCUGUUGACGAAGCAUUUAAAAGUGACUCAAAAUUGUGCAGAAUUUAGUUGCUGAAUCAUCACAUUUGGUCAAGGAACAAGAAAGGAGUCAGAGAAAAAAUGCAAAUUCAGUAACUCUAACCCUGCUGCUACAUGUUGAUGUAUUUAUUUUCUCUAAAAGCAGAAAACAAUAUAGCUCUAAAAGUCUUUUUUAACUGCUCCAUUGUUUCUAUGUGUCA